CUACAUAUUUAGAUAUCGAGAAUAAUGGUUGAGUCAAAAUCACCGACUUGGCAACGGUGUGAUUUACGUAUGACCAGAGUUAAGGAUCCUGAUAGAGGUCAAUUGUUGAUAUUUAAAGAGCUGGAAUGGCAAACUGUUCGAAUAGAGGCCCAAAGUACUAUCGAUCAAAAUUUGACACCUUUGAGACUGUUAACUAAUCAAGCGCGGUGUCGGAUAACUAUCAAGAAACGUCUAUCAGGAAGUCUUAUUGAAAAAGCGACGACUAUUGAAAGAAAGAUAAAAGCCGCGAGAAAACUCGAGGUUUUGCCUGAAUACCAGGCACAAAUAUCUCAGCAGUCAAGAAGCCAAUCAAAAGUACCUUGCAAUACAGCGAUAUCAAAAAUUUUUAUGCGUUAUGACGUAGUUGAAACUUCUUAUCACUUUCUAUCACAACGAAUUGAUUUACAUCUAUGCGACGAUCCUGGAACUGGUAGAUCUUCGUACCCGGAAUUGAAAGAUGGAGGAGCUUUACAGAUAUCAUUGAUUAAAUUCCAAAUAGAUUACUAUCCAUAUCACUUAGCGAUGUCUGACAGAAAACACUGGGCUAAGUAUCGAGAAAAUACAAUGCCUCAUGCCCAGUGGCUGCAGCACGAUCAGCAAACACCUUUAUUGGAACAUGAGCAUAAAAAAUUACAGAAACAAGCUAGCACAGUUGGCACCGGGAACCCAAUAAAAAAUUAUGUGUUGGAACAAUUGUCUACGCUCAUGACUACGUGUAUUGUCAUAAGAAUUUAUGACCUAACUAUUUACAAAGUUACUACUACGACAAGAAAGCCGAUCACUAAAGAAUUUUUGACAGGUGACCGUGAAAAAUUUUCCCUGCCAGAAGAUGUUACUAUUUUACAUGCAGAGUUUACUUAUUAUUAUUAUCCUGUACCACCGCCAAAAUUUUACGUCCAAGUAAAUCCUAUCCAGAUAAACUACGAUAUAUACAGCUGCCUGUGGUUUAAUUCAUUUUUACUGAACCUCUACAAAUCACUGGCGUCAAAUGAAAAUAAAGCCAAUGCUGUUAAUGAUAUUAAUAUGUACUUCGAUGUCAAGUUAGAAGCAAUAUUACCUCGGAUAAUUGUUGAGUCGCAAAACGACUACCCUAAUCAACGUGAUCGUCCCAAGUCAUUGAAUAUUCAAACAUCACGUGUAACUCUUACGAAUGUAAGGUCUGCUGACAGCAAAUCAUCACGUACUGACUUGGCUGAGUGCUUAAAUGCUUUGCAGAUGGGACAGAUGUUUUUUUCUUCGGAUUUUCCUAGCAAUAAGAAUGAUUACCACAUUGUUACUGAUAGAUUUUCGCGCACAGACAACGUGAGAUCCUACCCAUCAAACUUCAAAAUAAACUCCCUCGAAGACAUAAUCGGAAAACUCCACAAAAAAUUACUCUGGCUCGAAUGCAAGGACAUAUGGUGCUUAAAUCUAGAACCUGUAUGGGCAGAUUUCUACGGCGUCCGGGCCGUAGGUAUGAACCGGCCAGUCCCACUACUCGACGCGUUUCCCGUAACAGUCUGGCUUCACAUUACCGACAACAACAAUUCAUCCUCCACCUUGCCUCUAAAAAACGACAACAAAGAACCUCAAAAAACCUCAAAAAACGCAGAUGUCCACGUUUUAGCACACAUAAGUAACCUAAUAAGCGUCCAAUUGAACCACUACCAAUAUUUAUUUUUACUCCGUCAAUUAGAAAUAGUCACCGAGAUGAGCACCUACUUGGUAAUCGACACAAACCGGAUAAUGAAUGUAACAACCGGCUCCUCACUAGUAGUAGGUGCUUUAGUACCCCAGCUCGAAGUGACUUUAAUAAUGCCAUCGCAAACUCCGGGAAAGGAAAAUUCCGGUGGAGAUUUAGAGUCAGUAGUCCCGGACUCAUCAAGUAUAGCCGACGAAUUGCUGCCUAUUUCCCUUACAAACCAAUCAGUAGCAACUAGACUAGAAUUUGGGCUAAAGCGCUUUAAUACCAGCAAUGAUGUUGAGACACCUCAAAGCGAGGUGUCUUCAAUGAUCGGAUCUUUGGAUCCAAGCCACCCUACUGUAACAUUUAAAGCAGCUGAAAAAAGUUACAGCAAACAAUUCGACCAUCCAUUGCACCAGAGGCAAAAUUCAGAAGAUUUAGAAGCUAGAAAAUAUUUAAAGUACUCAUCAAAAGAUCCCUUGCAAUCCGGUUUAAUACAAAAUAAUUUUAAUGUAGGACUUUCCAGUAUGAAAAAAGGCUUCGCUAAUUUAAUGACUUCAAUUGAUUCCGCGCUUAAAGCUUCCCCAGAAGACGGAAGCAGCGAUACUGUUUCUAUGAGAAGCGAUCUUAGUUCUGAUAGCGAAAAUUAUAUUGUUGUGUCUUUGGAAGAUCAGGAAAAAUCUGAUUCUCUUUUUGGGAAUUUAAAUGUUAGUAACAUCACAGCUGUUGAAGAAGCUAGUGAGGUGAUUGAAGAAACUCCAGACACCCAGAGUGAAAAGUCACUUGAUAGUGCGUGCAAGCGCAAAGAUUUAGUGUCAAUGGUGACCUUUAAAUUGUCCAAGGUUGAAAUUAUUCAACAGUCUAAAGGAUUUUUCUCUGCUAUUAAAUUACAAGUCGGGAAAAUAAUUAGCAAUGAGUGUACCUCUAUUCCGUGGGAUGAAAUGCAGACUAAGUUUAGCUCUAGAUCGCGUGGGUGGUCUGAAUUACAGUCUGAUGAUUGUAAAAUAUCUGUAAAAUUACGGCUAGAGCAUGAUUUAAAGAAACAGUACAGUAAUUUAAAUGAUAAUUUAAAUAGUAAAAUUGCGACGUUGUUUGAUGAUAAAGUUACUGGGGAAAUUAAUGAUAUUAAUUUAGUAUUAUCCAUGAGUACAAUUACGGGAUUAACUGAUUUGUUGGAAGACGAGAUAAUACCUGACUAUUUACCUGUUAAUUUAAUGUUAAAUAAUAUUUUUAUUAAAUUAAUUGAAGAUCGCCCGCCUAAUAAUAUUACCUCGCCCGGGCCGGUACCCAUUGAUUUAGCGGUACAGCAUUUAAAGGUUGUUCGUGAUAAAAAUGGACUGAUUAAUAUUGAGUCUGUGAAGAGUAAUGUAGAUAAUAGUGCAGCGCAAGUUAAUUCGGUGACUGAAGGGGAAUUGGUGAAGCUUAAACAAUUGAACAAACAAAUCAAAAAUGAUAAUGAGGAAUUGAGACGGAGAUUGGUUGCGCUUGAUUAUUUGUCGGAGGAAAAUUUAAGGUUGAAAAGGAGUAAGGAUGAAUUGCAUUCGGUUAAAUUGCAAUUGAGUGAAGCGCAGGAGCUUAUUAAAGAGUUGAUGAAGGAGAAGAAUAUUUUGAAGGAGGAUAAUUUGAUGUUACAAAGUCAGGGGAAGAAGUCUAAUGAUUCUUCUAGUAGUGGAAGGGCCUCGUGGUCUAUUAAGAGAUAG